AUGCCGGAAAGCACGAGACAGGAGUCCAAAGGUCCAUGUCUCGAAUAUGGCUGCUCGAAGUUUGCCUCUUUCCAGGAUCCUGAGCUGAAUGGCAUCAGUGCUGACCUACGAAACCAGAUCCAUCCUAUCUUCCAUCUUAACAAGUUUGCCGACAACAUGGACUGCGAUGUCUUGGAAACGCCUCUCCGACUGGCAACAAGACUUCUGCUGAGUGACAAGCUGGUCCCGUUCAUCAACACGAUCACUGGUGGGGUGAUAGUAGCGCUGGACGGUCCACUUGCUGGUCAACUGAUCGAUAGCAUAGAAAAGGUCUGCGCAUACAGGGAGAAUGAGUUUGGUGGAGUGGACAUAGGUUCAAAUGCAUGUGCUUUCUACCCCAAAGCCGCCGAUUGCAAUCCGGGCAUUACCGACACACAGCGACAAGCCGCCCACCAUGCAAUCGAUAGACUCGAGCCUUUGAUCGAUUAUCUCGCGGCAGGAAAACAGCUUUCGGUGUCGGCCGCAAGGGUGCUUACAUCGAGUGGUCCCCUCACCAAGACUAUGACCUCACACUGGCCUGACGGUCAGAUAAUGAAGAUCGCAAUCGGCGCAUGCUACGAUCAGCUCAGUUCGAAGCACUACGCCUAUUUCGAGACAGAGGACCUGUACCGGACAUCAGCGAUGGCGGAAGCUCUUCUCAUGGAACGUAUCAUGUUCGCCAUCGUCCUGCUGCAUGAAAUCGGCCAUGCAUUUGGUAAUGCUGCUGGCGGUGGCCGUGGCAGAGCUGAGCCCUUCUACAAGGGUAGCUUUAUUUCCGAGCUUGGCAAAGAGCUAGAAGGUGAGCUUUUUGGCGGCUCUGUUACCAACAGUAAUUAUGUGCACCAGCAGGAGAUGUGCGUUCAUCAAACCGAGAGCUCUAGCCGACGGCGAUGCUUCACGGUGAUGGACUGGCCAGGAGCUUACUACAUCAAUACAUAUACCAAGCAGGGCCAACUCAACUACUAUCCCCGUCCGUGGAGGUUCGACACGAUGUGGCGCAUCCCCAUGGCCUGGAUGGAAAAGCUUUUUACCACGGAGUUCUGGGACAACGAGGUUGCUUCGCAUGGUGUGGCUGCUCUUGAGCUCCCCAGCACUAUGGGCUGGACUUUCGCCGAUGAUCAGCAUUUGGGAGGGAAUGAGCGUGACUCCCCGCUGCGAGCCGUGCGCAAUGGUGAUCCUUUGUUGCCGAAGCUUGUGAGGAGAGAGGCUAGGAGGGCUCACAUUCAUCCUGAGGCGGAUCACUACGCACCACUCUGA